UACUACCACGACAGGCACGAGGCAUUCUGCACAUGUGUAUGUCAUUUAAGUGUGCAUAAACACGGACUACUACAUAUGUAAGAAGUUGGGAUAUUCUUAGAGCUGAAAAAAAUCUUCAUCUCUAAAUUAGCCAUUAUUUUUAUGCCUUUUAACGUUCCUUCAACACAAGGGGCUAAGACUGAAAAGGUGUAGAAUGUCUAUAGGCCAGAGAUAUCGCGAGGUUUUUCAAGGCCGGAGAACAGCAACAAUUGCGAGAUAUGGAUCGUUUGUGAGAGUUAGUACAUGGUUAUGCCUUAUAUUCUUUAUUCUUAACAUCGUAGCAAUAAAAGCGAACAGAAGAGGCGACAUUGGAAUAAUCGACUGGAAUAGAAAUCAAAGUGUGAUUUGCAGAGGAAGAGACUGUAAAGGAUGCUACUGUGUCGGAGAAAAAGGGAACAGGGGCACACCAGGUUUACCAGGGCCAAGAGGUGUUCAAGGCCCAAGAGGUUUUGUAGGAAAGGAAGGAUUGCCAGGUGAUAAAGGAGAUAAGGGAGAACCAGGUGUUCAAGGGCUACGAGGUCCAAAAGGAGAUCGAGGGAUGAUGGGUAUGCCUGGAUUUCCAGGUAUUCCUGGUCCUCAGGGAUUGCCUGGUCCACCAGGUCUAAAAGGUUUGCCUGGCUUUGAUGGAUGUAAUGGAACAGAUGGUUUACCUGGCAAACCAGGCAGACCUGGUGAUCAUGGUCCUAUAGGGCCUCCAGGAGUUCCAGGCUCCAAAGGUCAGAAAGGUGAACCUGCCUCUGGGCGUUCAGGAUUAAAAGGUCAAAAAGGAGAACCAGGAAAAGAUGGAUUGCCAGGAUAUCCAGGUGGACCAGGGAAAGAUGGAGUUAGGGGUCCCCCAGGAGAACCUGGAUUAAGAGGACUGCCAGGAAUACGUGGGGAACCUGGAUAUCCAGGACUAAAAGGAGACCGUGAUGUUGAAAAAAUUGGACCUAAAGGAGAACCAGGAGAAAAAGGGAUCAGAGGCUCACCAGGUCCUCCAGCAUCAUGUCCUUCAGAAGUGAUUCGAAGGAACCAAACUUUUAUUGGAGCAAAAGGUGAAAAGGGAAUUCCUGGGCUUAAGGGUGACCGUGGAAUGAGAGGUGAAAGAGGUUUUCCAGGAUCUCCAGGUUUACCUGGACACCCAGGAUUACAAGGAAUAAAAGGAGAGAAAGGUUUACCAGGAAUUCCUGGACCAAAGGGUAGAGAUGGAUUUCCUGGAGCACGUGGACCACCUGGACUUAAGGGGGACAGAGGAGAGGAUGGAUUUCCUGGUGCUGAUGGACCACGUGGAUUGAAAGGAAAUCCAGGAAUACCUGGAGAUCCUGGACCUCGGGGACUACCAGGUCCUCCUGGACUUUCUUUGGGAGGAAAGGGAACACCUGGACCUAUAGGGCCUCCUGGACCUCGUGGCUUUCCUGGCCCACCUGGCUAUCCUGGAGAAGAUGGAAAAUCAGGAUCUGAUGGGCUUCCUGGGCUUCCUGGUCCACCAGGUGGAAUAGGUGUGCCUGGUUCUCCUGGAAUAGAAGGACCACCUGGUCCUAAAGGAAACAAAGGAUCCCCUGGACUUGAUGGGCUUAAUGGACGCAGAGGACCACCUGGUCUGCCAGGUGUACCUGGUCCAAAGGGUGAACCUGGAUUUAAAGGAGACUGUGGCAUAUCAGUUCCUGGUCCUAAAGGAAUGGAUGGUGCUCCAGGAUUGAAUGGAAUUCCUGGACAAAAAGGAGAGAGAGGGCCAAAAGGAGAAAGAGGGUUCCCAGGUGACUCACUUUUAGGUAUUCCUGGACCUCCUGGACUACCAGGACAAAAAGGAGAACCAGGUCUUGAUGGAAUUCCUGGCCGUAAUGGACGCCCUGGCUUGCCUGGUGUAAAAGGAGAACCAGGAAUUUGUAAUGACUGUCAACCAGGUCAGAAGGGUGAGAAAGGGGAACGAGGAUUGAUUGGAGCUCCAGGACUUACAGGUCUACGUGGGCCUGUUGGACCUCAUGGGUUUCCAGGAGAAAAAGGGAAUGAUGGACUUCCAGGUUUAAUUGGAUCACCUGGUGAAGAUGGUGAACAUGGGAUUCCAGGUCGUGAUGGUCAGAAGGGACAAAAAGGAGAACCUGCUUUUGUAAAAGGAGUCAUUGGACCAAAAGGUGAUAAAGGAGAUCAAGGACCACCAGGCCCAAUUGGAAACCCUGGACGUGAAGGACAACCUGGUGUCCAUGGACCACCUGGAUUUCCUGGUGUGAAAGGUGAUAAGGGAUUACAAGGACUCCCUGGAAAUGUGGGUCUUCGUGGUCCUCCUGGUCCUAUGGGUUUUCCUGGUCCAAAGGGAGAGUCUUCUGUAGGUCGACCAGGGCCACGUGGUGAAAAGGGAGAUCAAGGACUUCCAGGAAAUGUUGGUUAUAGAGGACCAAAAGGAGAAAGAGGAGUUCCAGGAGGGCCUAGUCGCCCUGGUCCUCCAGGAAUACCAGGUAGAGAUGGAGAAAAGGGUGAACCAGGUCCAGUUGGAUUUCCUGGAAAAGAUGGCUUACCUGGAAUUAAUGGCCUACCUGGAGAGGAUGGCUUACCUGGACUUCCAGGACCAAAAGGUUUUCCUGGCCCAAGUGGAGAAAAGGGAAAUCCUGGACGAUCUGGAGUACCUGGAGAGCCAGGAAUUGUUGGUCCACGUGGAAAUCCUGGCUUACCUGGACAACCAGGAUUAAAAGGUGAAAAGGGUAUACCAGGUUAUGGUCGUCCUGGUUCACCAGGUUUACCUGGCCCUAGAGGGCCUAAGGGGAGCAAAGGAUAUCCAGGGAGUGAGGGACAAAAAGGUGAAUGUGGCCUACCAGGAUUACCAGGUCCAAAAGGCCAACCAGGAGAGUUUGGCCUCCAUGGGCCACGUGGCUUUAAGGGGGACAAGGGGGAACCUGCAUUGGAAGGCUUACCCGGCCCUCCUGGACCUGCUGGACGUGAUGGAAUCAAGGGAGAGAAAGGAUAUGUUGGACCACCUGGUGUACAAGGGCCUCCUGGACGUCCUGGAGAAGUUGGAGAAAGAGGGUUGCCUGGUUUACCUGGACUUCCUGGAUUUGAUGGGCAAAAGGGAGAACCUGGUGUUCCUGGAAGAGAUGGGGUUGGAGUUCCUGGAUUAAAAGGUUACAAAGGAGAACCAGGGCUUCCAGGUCCACCUGGUGUCCCUGGACCACCUGGAAGAAAUGGAUUACCUGGAGUUAAAGGAGAUAAAGGUGUGAGAGGCUUUGAUGGUUUACCUGGACCUGAGGGACCAAGAGGAUUUGUAGGACCUAAAGGAAUUCCUGGAUAUCAUGGACUGCCUGGACCAAAAGGUGAACCAGGCUUAGCAGCAGCAAAGGGGGAAAAGGGGGAGCCUGGAUUACCUGGUAUUUUGGGACCACCCGGAGCUCCAGGGAGAGAUGGAUUUGAUGGAUUACCUGGUCAGAAAGGAAAUCAAGGUCCACAAGGAGUAGGACUGCCUGGACCUCGUGGACCAAAGGGAGACAGAGGUCCUACUGGGCCUCCUGGGAUUCGAGGAUUUGAUGGCCAGAAGGGUGAACCAGGGUUACCAGGCAUGCCAGGUGACAGAGGUUAUGAUGGAAAGCCUGGACCAAGAGGACUUCCUGGGCUACCUGGAAUUGAUGGGCCUCCAGGACCCCCUGGAAAACCUGGUGACAUUGGUUUGCCAGGGUUCCCUGGGCCAAAAGGAAUUCGAGGAGCACCUGGUAUACCUGGUUUAACUGGACCAAAAGGUGAUGUGGGACCACCAGGUAGAGAUGGUAUUCCUGGAUUGUAUGGCUUAAAAGGCAAUAAAGGUGAAAAAGGACUUCGUGGGUUUCCAGGACAAGGGUUUGGAGAAAAAGGUGACAGAGGUCCUCCCGGAACAGAAGGUUCAAAAGGAGAAAGAGGAAUUACUGGACCUCCUGGAUUUCCUGGUGAAAAAGGAGAUCGUGGCCCAAGAGGAUUAGAUGGACUUAUUGGGAAAGACGGACCUGCAGGAUUACCAGGAGAACCAGGACCUGUAGGUCCCAGAGGACCACCAGGUGAACCAGGCCAUUCAUAUCGAGGAGAACCAGGAAUUCCAGGUAAACCAGGUGAGGAUGGACUUCCUGGAAUUGAUGGAAGUAAAGGAGAGCCAGGUCGACCUGGUCUACCAGGACAGCGGGGAGAGCCUGGAGAUCCUGGAUAUGUGGGUCAUCCAGGUCCAAAGGGAGAUCUUGGCCCAUCAGGACCACCAGGACUGCCAGGAACAGGAUUUCCAGGCCCUAAAGGAAGUACUGGUUUCCCUGGAAUUCCAGGACAGAAAGGAGAUAAAGGAUUUGAAGGCCUUCCAGGACCCCCUGGUUUACCUGGAGUUUCAGGAAGACCAGGUUUGGAUGGAUUGCCAGGUGUAUCUGGAGAGAAAGGAGAUAAAGGUGAACGAGGAUUUCCUGGACAGCCUGGCUUACCAGGGUUAAAUGGAGAAAGAGGAUUUCCAGGACCACCUGGUCCUCGUGGCCCACCUGGACUCAAAGGAGAUAAAGGUGCAAAAGGAUCAAAGGGAAUAGUAAAAGAUGUUAUUAAAGGUAUGAAAGGAGAACCAGGUCCACCAGGUGUCCCUGGACGAAAAGGUGAAAGAGGACUACCAGGAAGACCAGGCAUUCCAGGUGUGAAAGGUGAUUCUGGACAACCGGGUCUUGUAGGCCUUCGGGGUUUUCCAGGGCCUGAAGGAAUGAAAGGAAAUCCUGGUUUACCAGGACUACCAGGAAUACGAGGUUAUCCAGGUGAAAAAGGUUCACAAGGACCCCCAGGUCUACCAGGGAAAGGUUAUGGAGAUUACCUGAUGGGUUUUCUUCUGGUUAGACACAGUCAAUCUAUUAGUGUUCCUCAGUGUCCACAGGGUAUGCCCAAAGUUUGGGAUGGAUAUAGCCUUUUGUAUAUUGAAGGCAAUGAAAAGUCACAUAAUCAGGAUCUGGGUUAUGCUGGUUCCUGUUUAUCCCGUUUCAGUUCCAUGCCAUUCCUUUUCUGUGACUUCAACAACGUUUGCAAUUAUGCAAGUAGGAAUGACAAAUCUUAUUGGUUAUCAACAACUGCUCCUAUUCCUAUGAUGCCGGUUUCAGAGAAUGCUAUUCGACAGUACAUUAGUCGUUGUGUGGUUUGUGAGGCACCAGCUAAUGUUAUUGCUAUCCAUAGUCAGUCACUUCAAGUCCCAGAUUGCCCUCAAGGCUGGUAUAACCUGUGGAUAGGCUACAGUUUUGCUAUGCACACAGCAGCUGGAGCAGAAGGAGGAGGUCAAUCACUUUCUAGUCCGGGAAGUUGUCUGGAAGAUUUUCGGGCUACUCCAUUCAUUGAAUGUAAUGGAGCUCGGGGCAGUUGCCAUUAUUUCGCUAAUAAAUUCAGCUUUUGGUUGACAACUGUGGAUUCAAAAGCUCAAUUUGAAAGACCAUUGAGUGAGACUCUUAAAGCAGGAAAUCUGAGAACUCGAGUUAGCAGGUGUGCAGUUUGUAUAAAGAGACCACAUAUUAGCCAUGAGUUUUCAUAAAUAGUUUAGGUUCCAGUGAUUUUUUUGUUUUUGUUUUAGGAUUCUGACAAUUACAAAAAUUUUUUAUCACAAACAUUUGUUGAAGAGUUCUUUAAAUUAAAAUGUGUAAGAGCCAAAAUAAUUUUUUUAGGUACUAUAUUUUUAGGAAUGAUAUUAAUGUUGAACGUUUUGAAGUCCAUUGGACUUAUGAGGUCUGUCCAGUAUUCUGGGGGUCCCCAUAUUAGUUUAUUAUUUCUCAACUAGCCACUAAUUAAAAAUCUAUUCACUGAUGGGUAUUAUUCAAUAAGUAUAAUAAUUUCUUACUUAUGUUGUUCUGUAAUAAAAAGUUUUAGAUAUUAAACAAAUCUCACAACUAAUUAAAAAAAAUACAAAGAUUAUAAUGAAAUUACAUCUUUUAAAGAGGAUAUUUCCUUGAAUAAUGUCUACUUAAGUCUCAUAAAAUAAGAAUAAUAUAGUUAUUUCUCAAAAAUUUUACAAUUGUUCUCUCAAAAGGGGAAACUGAGUAAUCAGUUGUGGUUCUAGUUUAAGUUGUAUUUACAGUUCAAGGCUUGGUUGAAACCAGUGCUUAUAAAUUAUUGAUAACAAUACUACAGUAUUUCAGUAUUAUGCUUUUAAUGCCAUAUUUCCUAUUUUAUUAAGCAUUAAUAGAUACUGGACAACAUUACAUUAAAUUUAUUAUGGUAUUCAUAAAAUAUGUCACUUGGCUGACAUUAAGUGAACAGUGGUAGCUACAUCAUAGCUCAUUUUACCAUAGUACUCAAACAGAUUGUUCUGAUAAGUAUAUAGUUGGUUAGUAUGGAUUUUAUCUGUGUAAUCAGAGCUCAUGGGAAAAAGGAUCAUAAACUUUAAGUGCAGCAAAUGAACAUUCUUAACUAAAGGAGUUCAUCAGAUUCUAGCAUAUCACAGGUUUGUUUAUGAUUUUGUAUCCUCAACUAUGAAACUUAGACACUUCAACUCUUGGUAAAUUUGGUAUUCCCGACUCAUUGUGGUCAUUAUAGAAUAAAAUUAUAAGAAAAUGGCAGCCACUUUAAUUUUCAGAUUUUAUUUCCUAUUGCCAAAACUUUAAAAAUAUUGAUAAGAGAAAAAAGAAUGAAUGAAAUUGAUUCUUGUUAUUAGACGUGUUUUAGACUUGCAUUGUUUCACUAUGGAAAGUAGUCAUUUUACUUUGUUAUUUUACACAUGUGUCAAAACUUCACAUUUUAUUCUUGUACUGAACUUAACAGGCUUUAUUGCUAGAUCUUAUUUGUGGAUAAACUUCAACUUUUAUUACAAAAUUAUGUUUCUUUUCAGAUUUAUUACACAUCAUAAGCCCUCUAAUAUUUGAAAAUAAAAGUGCUCUUAUAUUCUUAAAAUAUAAUUGAAUGUAGAUUGAUUUCAUGAAUGAUCAAUAAUUGUGUGUUAAGAUUCUUUAAACAAAAAAAGACUGUGAGCUUAUUUUGAUUGUAUGUUUUUAUUUGUCUCCUAUCAAAUUUGAUGGUGCUUAUUGAUAUGAAUUUGAGUAAAGUUUUUGUUUGAAAAUAAUGAUGAAUAACAGUUCAAAUACUUGUAUUACUUUAACGUUUUUGUGUUAAGCAUACAUAUAUGUUGAUAUUUUGAAGAAAAAAAUUAUGCCAUUUUGUAUAAUGGUUUCUGUGUUUCAUUACUAUGUAUUACUUUUGGAUAUUUACAACAGUUUUUUAUACAAAGACAACAAUGAUUGUUUAUGUGCUGUAUAAAUUAUGAUUUCUAGAACCUUUACAUCAAAGUUUCUUUUUAUA